AUGGUUGACGAAGGGAAACUUCAGUGCUAUCAUAAAGGAUGUGGUCUGAUGUUUGAUCCGACUGAAAAUAAUAGUGAAUCCUGCACGUACCACCCUGGCGCCCCGUACUUCCACGACGCCUACAAAAUCUGGACAUGCUGCGACAAAAAGAGCACCGAUUUCGGCACUUGGAUGGGCUAUAAAGGGUGCACACGUGGCAAACAUAGCAACGAGAAGCCGGUUGACGUGGUGAAAAUCGCGGCGGUGAAAGAGAUUCGACCGGAGAAAGAGGAGGAUGUAAUCGUGUGGAAAGGGCUGAAUAAAUCGGGAAAAUCUGAGAAUAAAGGGGGCGUGGCGAAGCGAGAAGAGGUGAAUUUGAAUGUGGAAGUUACGCCGGGAGCUCAGGCGGCGAUCGAGAAGAAGCUCAAGGAGACGGCUGAAGCGGCGCAAUCUGGAGAUGUUCAGAUUGGGGCACCAUGCCGUAAUAAUGGGUGCUCGGCGGUGUUCGAUGGCUCGAAGGGACGAGAAAACUGUGUUCAUCAUCCUGGCGCUGCGAUUUUCCACGAGGGAAUGAAGUAUUGGUCGUGUUGUAAUAAGAAGACGUCCAACUUUGGCGCAUUCUUGGAACAAGUCGGAUGUACGAAUGCGGAGCAUAAAUUUAGAAAUAACGAAAUUGUGAGCAAAUUCCGAGAAGACUGGUUCUCUUCCAACGGCUUCGUCACCAUCAACGUCUACUGCCGUGGCGCGCUCCCGGAAACCGCCAACAUCGUUUCCGAUGGACAUUACCUUCGUGUCAGCAUGAAACACGGAUUCGGCAACGCCAAUGUCGAUCUUGACUACGAUUUGUGGGAUGAGGUGUUGCCGGAGGAGAGUCGAGUGGUUAUUGGAGAGCGAAAAGUGGAAAUCUCGUUGAAACAGAAGCAUGGAAUCGGAUGGCCUCGUUUGAAGUUUGACCCGGAACUCGACGCGUCGAAGGACACAGAAGCUUGA